GGAGACAAAGAGAGAGAGAGAGAGAGAGAGAAUGUGUUGGGUUUUGUUUUGUGACGAAGAGGAUAAAGAGUUAGGCAGGCAACAAGCUCCUGGAUCAUGUCCCUAUUGUGGAGGAAAAGUUUUAGCCAUGGAUGUUGAAAGAAAAUGGAGUUUCUGCUUUUUGCCCAUUUCUUACAAAAUCAAAAGAAAGUAUCUUUGCUCUUUAUGUUCCAGGCGUUUGGAAUUAUAUCAUUGAGUUCAUCAUCAGCAGAGCUUUGCCUAGCCAUGAACCAUAAGCUUCCGUCAAUGGUGUGAUAAUUUCAAGAGCUGCGCUUGUUUUCUUCUUCUUCUUCUUCUUUGUUCUUUGUUUAAUGUUGUCAAGUUUCAGUUUAACUUUUCUGAUACCCAUUUCAACAAACUUUAUUGGGUUCUCGUUUAAAUUGAUUAUUUGUUUAUAAAAUUUAUUUAAGUUUUGGAUCUGAUGAUGAAAGAAAUGAAAACAAGUGAUAUGAAAAUGGGUUUCUUUGAUC